AUGUGCACGUACAGAUAUGGCCAGCAGUUCAAAAGCAAAGCCCUGAUCGAUUUGUUGUUGUUUAUUUUAGUUCUUAGCGAUUGCUAUUUGACAACUUCCGGGUCGAACGGAAAAGUAAUAGGUGGAAGGAAAGCCGUCCUAGGCGAAUUUCCAGCGACGGUGUGUCUCGACGGCAUUAUACGAUGCGGAGGUACGCUUGUGUCAUUGGUCACAGUCAUAACAGCUGGCCAUUGUUUUUUUCUCAAAGAAAAGCGCGUGAAUCCCAGCGACAUCGUGAUAAUCGGAGGUACAGUGGAUUUGGAAGAAGAAUCGGGUGACAAGCAAUACCGUGUGAACGACAUAGCGUUGGCGUUUUUGGAGUCUGCUUUCAUCGAAACAAAGACGCUCAAACCCGCGUUUUUCCCGGCAAGUAAUGCGGCGGGAAUGAGAGAGUACAUGGAUAGAAUAAAGGCGUCAAACGCGACCUGCCACGGCACAGGAUACGGUUUCGUCUCCAUGGAACCGAAAAUCAUCUCUCAAUAUUUGAAAGUGAUCGAAUUAAGCCUAUUGCCUGACAUAGUGUUGCCUGAAUUGAUAGAAUACGAAAUGUGUGCCAUUUCGAAUAAAGCCUUCCAUCAAACGUCAUACGGAGAUUCGGGAUCGACGUUCCUUUGCGGUGGUCAAAUCGUUGGCUUGACAAAAGGCGGUUUAGGUACUCUUCCAGACGACGAACAUAUCAACGUUUUGGUUUUUACGCUUUUGGGCCCUUACUUCGAAGAUUUCGGACUUGGGGGAUGCGAUGGAAUGCCAAAUUUCCUAUUUCUUCCAGUUGUCCUUCUAUGCUUCCUCUUCUCGUCGUUCUACUGUUCAAGAAUCUGA